GCGGCCCCCGCGGUGCUCCCGGCAGCCCGCGCGGCCCCGCGCGGCAGGAUGAUCCACGAGCUGCUGCUGGCCCUCAGCGGGUACCCAGGGGCGGCCUUCACCUGGAGCAAGCGCGGCGGCCUCCAGGUGUCUCAGGAGCUGCCGUUUCUGCACCCCAGCGAGACCAGCGUCCUGAACCGGCUCUGCCGCCUCGGCACCGACUACAUCCGCUUCGCCGAAUUCGUGGAACAGUACACGGGACACGUACAGCAGCAGGAUCACCAUCCAUCUCAGCAAAACCAGAGUGGAUUGCAUGGCAUUUAUUUGAGAGCCUUCUGCACAGGUCUUGAUUCUGUGCUGCAGCCUUAUCGACAGGCACUGCUUGACCUAGAACAAGAGUUUCUGGCUGACCCACAUCUUUCCAUCUCACAUGUUAAUUACUCCUUGGACCAGUUUCAGUUACUCUUCCCCUCUGUGAUGGUCAUGGUGGAACAGAUCAAAACUCAGAAGAUUCAUGGGUGCCAGAUAUUGGAGACAGUCCACAAACAUAGCUGUGGGGGGUUGCCUCCUGUUCGCAGUGCUCUUGAAAAGAUUCUGGCUGUGUGUCAUGGAGUUAUGUAUAAGCAGCUCUCUGCCUGGAUGCUACAUGGAUUGCUACUAGACCAACAUGAAGAGUUCUUUAUCAAACAAGGCCCCUCUUCUGGAAAUGUCCCUAGCCAACCUGAAGAAGAUGAUGAUGACUUAGGAAUUGGGGGGCUUACAGGAAAACAGCUACGAGAACUGCAGGACCUGCGCUUGAUUGAGGAGGAGAACAUGUUAGCUCCAUCUCUAAAGCAGUUUUCUUUGAGAGUAGAAAUGCUGCCUUCAUACAUUCCUGUACGGGUUGCUGAGAAGAUCCUCUUUGUGGGAGAAUCUGUUCAGAUGUUUGAGAAUCAGAAUGUUAACUUGACCAGAAAAGGCUCCAUCCUAAAAAACCAGGAGGACACUUUUGCAGCAGAGCUACAUCGACUCAAGCAGCAACCACUUUUUAGUUUGGUGGACUUUGAAUCAGUGGUUGACUGGAUACGGAGCACUGUUGCUGAGCAUCUUUGGAAACUGAUGGUGGAAGAAUCAGAUCUACUAGGACAACUGAAGAUUAUAAAAGACUUUUACCUUUUGGGAAGAGGUGAGCUGUUUCAGGCCUUCAUUGACACCGCACAGCACAUGUUAAAGACACCACCUACGGCGGUAACUGAACAUGAUGUCAACAUUGCAUUUCAGCAGUCUGCUCAUAAGGUACUGUUAGAUGAUGACAACCUUCUUCCUCUUCUUCACUUAACCAUUGAGUAUCAUGGAAAGGAACAUAAAGAUACUUCUCAGACUCGUGAAGGGCCUUCCCGGGAAUUAUCUCCACGUGAAGCCCCCACAUCUGGAUGGGCAGCUCUGGGCCUUUCUUACAAAGUUCAAUGGCCACUGCACAUUCUUUUUACUCCUGCUGUUCUCGAGAAGUACAACGUUGUGUUCAAAUACCUGCUGAGUGUGCGACGAGUCCAGGCUGAACUACAGCACUGCUGGGCUCUUCAGAUGCAACGUAAACACCUGAAAUCUAAUAGAACAGAUGCCAUCAAGUGGCGUCUGAGGGAUCACAUGGCUUUCCUUGUGGACAAUCUUCAGUAUUAUCUGCAGGUCGAUGUACUGGAGUCUCAGUUCUCACAGCUUCUGCAGCAGAUAAACGCCACAAGAGAUUUUGAGAGUAUACGAUUGGCUCAUGAUCAUUUCCUAAGUAACUUGUUGGCUCAGUCUUUCAUCCUUCUGAAACCUGUUUUCCACUGCUUAAAUGAAAUUCUGGAUCUUUGUCAUAGCUUUUGUUCUCUGGUCAGUCAGAAUCUGGGUCCCUUAGAUGAACGGGGAGCUGCACAACUCAGUAUUUUGGUGAAGGGAUUCAGUCGUCAGUCAUCACUUCUCUUCAAGAUUCUCUCCAGUGUUCGCAAUCAUCAGAUAAACUCUGACUUAGCUCAACUGCUGCUACGCUUGGAUUAUAACAAAUACUACACCCAGGCUGGAGGAACCUUGGGCAGUUUUGGAGUUUAAGCACUAAAGGCCUUUGCUUCAGGCUGUGACUAGUGAUGCAUCAAGCACUGGAGACUGGUGCUCUUGGACAGUUGGAGAGUUUGCACUCAAACAGAUUUUUCUUUGUAGCUGGCUUUUGCCUGAUGAACUGCUGUUUCACAGGGAAUUGGCAGGAAUUGUCAUUUAUGUGAGGCUGCCCAGCGAUUACAGAAAGCUAUUCCAUUUCUUCUGAACUCAUAAAAAUUAGAUGUCUGGACUCUUCAGCUGGACGGACUACAAUGUCUUUACUCUUCAGCUGGACUGUGUUCCACUUCAGGUUCGAGUAUGGAGGAAUUAAUCCUGUUCUUGGCUACAAAUGAAGUUUUGGCUGUAUUCAGAAGCUCUACUUGUGUAGUAAGCUGAUUUACAGUACACAAUGUCUGCUAAUCAAACACCACCAGGUAAACAGUAGUAGCAAUGAAGUGAACGGGGAGGGAAGAAGAAAUAGAUUUUUUUAAGUCUCUUCUCAUGCAGUGCACUAGUCUAGUAUAUGUGCAUAGGUCAUGGAGACACUGUGGCUAUCACAUGCUUUAUCUAUACAAUUUAAUAGUUUAUGUGCUAAAAUUACACUUGCCAAGACAGCUUUGCCCCGUCUGAGCAGACAGCGCCCUCUGCCGGCAGGAAAAUGGUAAGGAGAUGCUUACCUGGAACGUUCACCUGCGCUGGUCUCAUUCCAGACUAUUUAGUGACUACCCUACUGAGCCCAAAUAAAAACAUCUUGUCGUGCAA